AACUCAGAAGAGAAGAAUGGAGAGCAGUCAGCUCACGUACGCGGAUACGUGUUACCUUGCUGGUGUCGUAUUCGGAGGCGCUGACGAUAAAUUCCUGACAGAACUUUCGAGCACAAGACGGUGGCGGGCGGGAAGGGCAUUCAGGUAGCCUGCACCACGUGGUAAGGGGCCAUGAUGCAGAUUGAUUGUUUGUUCUUGAAUAUUUUUUUUUUUGCCAUUUUUGCCCUUUUUGGGGUUUUUGCCUCCCCGGCCGUUUCUUGAUUGCCCUUGCCUUUUCUUCUUGGGGAUUUUGGGGUUGGUUGGGGUUCGUUUUGGGGAAUUUUUAGGAUUAUAGUUAUUUAUAAUAAUAUUGUGGUCUGCAGGGCGGAAAUGAAGCCACCGACGCACGAUGUACAGGCAGACGGAAGCUGGAAUUGUGGCGCAUGUGGCACCGUAAACCGACGAGUAUCCAAGGAGUGUUCACAGUGUCAUGUUCCCUUUUAUUCGUUGGUGACGACGGCAGCGCCGGCUCAGAUUUUCUGCUCGAGAUGCGGGUUCUUGAAUGACGGAGAGAACCUUACGUGUGUGCAGUGUGACUACACGAUUCGAUCUACUCUGGACAAGAUUAGCGCAGACUUGAGAGAUAGUACCAACUUUUUAGCGCGAGAUAUGGGUGUCAACAUCCACGUGAAGUGUCCUGGAUGCUUCGUUGUGUGCUACGUGCCACCGGCCACUGCUUGUUUGCGGUGUGGAUCAUGUCACACAUAUUUUGCGUCGCCGUCAGUCGGAGAAGUGACGAAUUUCCACAUGAAUCGUCUAGCGUCGUCCAUCUCGAGCUCGUUCAUGGGAUUUUUUGGAAGCAAGCGCGGUGGACAAGAAGACAAUGAGGCUAAUCGUCGUCAAGAAGAGGCUCAAGAGGCUCCAGUUGGCAAGUUGAUCGCUGCAGGCCAAGGUGUCGUGAAUUCACCUCGUCAUUCCUCCACCAUCAGUGAUGCAAGUGAGCUAUCCACGAGUCUACAGCAACUUGGUGAUGGCGAAGUAUCCGGCGAUGAAACAGAGGAAAAGCCCGACGCUUUUCGGGCUCAUGAACAUGCAGAAUCAAAGGCUAAGGGUCGGGUGUCACCAACAGAGCAGAGGGUGAAGAUGGAAACAGCGAUAAAGGAAUCUUCCAUAGGCGAAGAUUGUUCUUCGUCACGUGUGCAAACACGAAAGGAGGAGCCAUUCUCGUCAUUGGAUUUGUCGUCCAGUUCGAGCAAUUCUGAUAAAGAGCAAGAGAAACCAAUACUUGCACGGUCAAUGCCAGUGCGCGCAGCACUUCCACCUCCUCGACAAGAACUGGUCGAGGUGGAGGGAGAUAUUGUGGAGCUUUAGUGGGGUCAGAACCGGAAUUAUCACGUGAUGUCUGCAUAGUUGGAAUUGCAGAAGAACUGGGGCAUAUUUUGGCUUCCAAGCCUGCACAGAUCAACUGAAGACACGAAAUAUUUGAUUUGUUUAGGAUACUUGCUCGAAAGUUGCA